AUGGCAGAUAUCCGCUAUUAUUUUUCGAAUGAAAAUGCUUACAUCGAGCAUCACUAUUUAUCUGUCUAUUUUGAAGACUGUGUUCGUUCAUUGCUUGAAACACGUCGACGUUCAAAUGCAUUGAAAUUUGAUAUUAAUGAAUAUAUACGUGAUUAUUUCAAUCAAAUCAAACUUGAUCAACAUGUAUUAGGUCGAGAUUAUCAAUUCAUUUACUUUACACCAUUGAAUAGAAAAUCAUUUAUCGGUCAUUUAUGGACAAAUUAUUUCACAAAACAACAAGAACAUUGUUCAACAAUAACGCUAAAAGAAUUUCAUACAAAUAUCUGUACACUUUGCCCCGAUUUUCCGUAUACAAUGGUUGAGUCAGCAGCACAAAUAAUCGUCGACAAUGUAACAUCUGACUGUCGUAUUGAUUAUAUUGAUUUACUCUAUGCAUUCCAAUUACGAUUUUUUUAUGAUGAAUUUAUUAAUGAGACUCAAGUACUAUUUCGUACAUUGAAAAAUCGUCUAAAUUUUCAUGUACCAACUGAAAACAAAGCAAAUGCCAAUACGUUAACAAAUAAUGAUAAACAUGAACAAACAACUCAACGUACAGUACUUAUUGAAGCGUUAGAAAAAUUAUCAACAAAAGUUCGUUUUAGUUUUCCACCAUUAUCAAUUAUAAAUGAAAUAUUAAUGAGCUCUGAUAAUAAUAAUAGUCAUUAUCAUCACUUUAAUUACAAUGAUUUUCUUAGUUGGUUGGCUAAAAGUGAAAAAUUAAAUCAACAUAUUGGAAAAGCACCAUCAACAAUAAAAUUGUUUAGAAAAUCAAGUCAAUCAAAUGUUAUCAAUACACCGACUUCACCUUCUCAAUCAAUUACACCAGAUUUAUUACAAAAAUUACCGACAACACCUCCAGUUCUCGGUCAAAUUGCACUCCCUCCAUUAACAUCGAUAUCAACUUCGUUGCAAAAACAACCAACAUUAAUCAGAGAAAAACCGAUUAAACAACAACAACCUGCAAAUGUAAAUAAUAUCAUAAUGAAACGUUCUCAAUCAGCAUCAUCAGUUAUUAAAGUGAAUACAAUUCCUGAUCAUGAUGAACAAAAACAUAGUGAAUCAGAGUCCGAAUCGCAUUCAAGUGCAUUCCAACCUAGUAAUGAGAUGAAACUAACAUUCUAUGGGUUGUAUAAACAAGCUACUAUUGGUCCGAGUAAAGAACCAAGACCAGCGUUUUACAAUUAUGUAAAUCGUGCAAAAUGGGAUUCUUGGAACAAAUAUCGUUUAUUGACGAAAGAUCAAGCAAUGACAGAGUACAUCAAUGAAAUUCGAAAAAUUUUGGAAACAAUGCCUCAAACGAAUGAAGUACUGGAAUUUACGAAUUUGAUUGGACCAUUUUAUGAAUUCGUCGAAGACAACCCAAAUAAUAACAAAUCAAUGAUGAUGAAAAAACAAGCAGCGAACAAAUCAAUAACCGACAAAAAUUUAUAUAAUACACUUACAAACGGAUUUAUAUUAUAUGUUGUUCUAGUGGGUAAUGGAGAUCAUCUGUAUUCAAAUGGAGAACCUAGUACCAGAAACAAUGUGCAACAACUUGCGACAUCAGGAAAUGCGCCGAGUUCUCCCUCAUCGUCUUCACCACCAUCCUCUUCCGAUGUCGAUGGUGAAGAUGUAGAUAUAUACGAUGAUCCUUCUGAUCGAUUAUCACUCAAUCAAUCACCACGUGAUGAUGAAGAUCAAAAUUUUCCAACUGGAAUCAACCAACAUAUCAAUAAUAACUUUGAUAAUAUGAUCCAAGAUGAACAAACAGAUAAUGUUAAUUCUAACCAACAGUUAAUAGUCAUUGAUCAUCAUUUAAAUGAUCAAUCAAAUUCGCCAAGUCCCAAUCAUUUAUUAACAAUACCUCAACAGACACAACCACAAUAUAAGCGAAAAAAGAUGAACUUUAAUAAUCAAAGUACAACAAAUAAUAAUACACGAAAUUCAAAUGCAUCAUCAAUCACUGAUGGAUUACUCAUAAAGCCAUCAUUUCAUAGUGUUGGUGGACAAAACGAUUCAGAUCAUUCAAGUAUGAAUAUUAGAAGUUCAAUAAGACGAACAAGAGGAAACAAUUCAAAUGUAUCAUAUCGACAACUAUCUUCUAAUUCACAUCGGCAGCCAUCGGAAAACGCGAACGCUCACUCUUUAAACUCACUGUCGAAUAAUGGUAACGGAGAUCGUGAUCAUGAGUCUGAUAAUAAUGACGGAACAAAUACACAACGUGAAAUACUGACAAUGUUGAUUAAAUUACAGCAUGAUGUUAACAAUGUAUUAGAGCGACUUAAUCGUUUAGAAACAUCAACUUUUAUUCAAAAUACAAUUGCACCAUGGCUCCCAUUAUCCGGUUUUCGUAAACAAACAGCUGCAUUUCUUCUGCUCUGGCCGUUUGCUGUAUUUGCAAUUAUUCGACUACUAUUACAUGCGAAAGUUAUAAUACGCUUAGAAUCUAAUGAUAUCGUUCAAAAUGAACAUUUGGGAAUUCCAAAAGCUGUGUUUGUCGAAGAUGUUGAUAGUUUCAUGCAACAAUCAGAAAAUCCAUCAGCUGAUGUUGUAUUGAAAAGAUUGGAUGAUUUGAAUGGAAAAUAUCGUUUUAUGGAGAUGAAUUUAUUGCAAAAAAAAAAGCGUUUGAAAAGUAAAUUACCUGAUAUCAAAAUGUGUCUAGAUAUGGUUGAACAAUUAAGAAAAUAUCGUGAAAAAAAUACAAAUAUGGAAACAAAUUUUUUACUCGCUCACAAUUUAUAUGGGAAAGCAGCCAUACCGCCCACAGAUAAAGUCUGUUUAUGGUUAGGCGCCAAUGUCAUGCUUGAAUAUACCCUUGAUGAGGCCGAAGAAUUAUUACAAGGAAAUCAAAAAACAGCACAAUCAACAAUGGAAAAAGUAGAUGAUGAUUUAGAUUUUCUAAGAGAUCAAAUAACGACAACUGAAGUGAAUAUGGCACGUUUACACAAUUGGAAUGUAAAACGAAAACAAACAGAGAAAAGUCAGAGUUAA